CACCACGUCACUUAUAACUUGGGGGUAAAUUUCACUCAGCCCAAUAGGAUCUGUGUCCUACGGCUGCAGUUCUGUGCACAUUUACCUGGGAGUAAGGCCCGUUGAAUGCAAUGGGGCGUACGUCCGAGUAAACACUUAGAAUUACAGCUUUUUAUUCGCAGUGCCCCGAGGCUGCCCUCCCUAGCACAACUCAUCCAGGCCCUUCUCGGUGUACCCAGCCCUUCAGUUUCUUUUCUUUACAAUGUGUAAAAAAGGCAGUGCAGGGAUUUGCUGAGUCAUUCUGAGCUUGUUCUUUCCUCCACUUCGGCAAGCAGCGUUUUCUGCCGGGUGUGUGUGUCGGUUUCAAGUUUUAGAGAAGCAUUGCUGUUGCUGAAGGUUGUUGAGAUCUUUAGGAUUUGCAUUUCCUUUUUCCAAGAAGAAAAUGGCUGCAGGAAGGAAAAUUGUCAAAACUGUACUCAGUAAGGAACAGGCGGAAGGAGUUGGGGCUCGUGUUCGCAGGAGCAUUGGCAGGCCUGAGUUGAAAAACCUGGAUCCAUUUCUGCUGCUUGAUGAGUUCAAAGGAGGAAAACCAGCAGGCUUUCCUGACCACCCUCACCGAGGUUUUGAAACUGUAACAUAUCUACUGGCAGGUGGAUCCAUGGCCCAUGAAGACUUCUGUGGCCAUGCAGGUAGACUGAAUCCAGGAGAUCUGCAGUGGAUGACGGCUGGCCGUGGUAUACUCCAUGCAGAGAUGCCUUGCUCUGAGGAGCCAGCCCAUGGCCUACAGCUUUGGGUCAAUCUGAGGAGCUCUGAGAAAAUGGUUGAACCUCAAUACCAAGAACUGAAAAAUGAAGAAAUACCCAAACCUUCACACAAUGGUGUGACUGUAUCUGUCAUUUCAGGAGAGGCACUGGGCGUAAAGUCUAAGGUGUAUACUCGCACGCCAACACUGUAUCUGGAUUUCAAGUUAGACAAAGGAACGAAACAGGCACAGUCUGUUCCCAAAGGUUGGACAGCAUUUAUUUACACACUCUCUGGCAAUAUAUAUGUUGGUCCUGCUGAUGCUCAACAAAAAGUAGAACCACAUCACACUGCUGUGUUGGAUGAUGGGGACUGUGUUCAGUUCGAAAACAAGGAUCCUGAAAUAAGCCAUUUUGUCUUGGUGGCUGGAGAGCCGAUUAAGGAAAUGGUGGUACAGCAUGGUCCUUUUGUGAUGAAUACACAGGAAGAAAUUCAGCAAGCCAUCAAUGACUUCAGAAAUGCAAGAAAUGGAUUUGAGAGAGCUACCACUUGGAAAUCAAAGAUUGGAAACAAAUGACUUAGAACCAAAGCUAGCUGACUUUUUUCAUAAAUAUUUGUUGCUGUGCACCUUGAUCCUUAUUGCCUUUAUUAAUCCGUUAUUGCAUUCGCUUCGCUAGUGCUGAUCAUGUGGGUUUGCCAGAUUGAGGCCAAAGAAUAUAUCUGAUAUGUCUAGAGCCAAAGUUAACUAUCAGAGGAGUGUCGUAGACAGGUACAUCUGCAUUUUUAUUUCUCUGUGGCACACAAUACAUGGAAAUGUUUGAUUUAUCUGUAAUAAAAAGCAUUUUUAUCUCAAA